AAGUUGUUUUCAGUAGACCGGAAGUGUCGCUCAGCUGAUCUGUCCUGUGCGUCUCUCUGAGGGAGGAGACGCGAAGGGAAGAAGACAGAUGGAAGUUCUGCACCCAGCGGCGCGCAUCAUGAAAUCCUCCACAAAACGACAAUGGGCUCUGGUGCUGCUCACCUGGUUCCUGGGGGCCGCUGUGGUUGACUCCUCCUCCCGCUCCCUCUCCGUCACCUCCAGGGUGGGGGGGCAGGCGGUGCUCCCCUGCAGCUGGAAGCAGCGCCUCGGCGAGGGGGCGCGGCCCGACUGCCACGUGCAGUGGGCCAAGCCGGCGGACCCGGUGUUCGAGCUGCGCGGGGCCCAGCGGUGGGAGGCGGAGUGGCUGCGGGGCCGGGUGGAGGUCCCCCCCGACAGGCUGGGCUCCGGGGACUGCUCCCUGCUCAUCAGAGACGUUCAGAUCGGGGACGCCGGGAGGUACGAGAGCUUCAUGGUGGUGGUGGGCCACGACGGGGCCUCCAAGAGCCAGGUCUUCAUCCAGAGGGUCCGGCUGCUGGUGUUAGACCACAAGCUGACGGAGUCCCGGGGACCCGGAGAGGACCUGGUCCUGGACCUCUACACCCGUCACUCUGUGAGAGUCGUCUUCCAGGACCGGAACAGCUCUGAUUGGUCGGUUCUGUGGGCGAGGGGCGACCAGGAGGGGGGGCGUCUGCUCAAACACCCGGAGGAGGAGCAGCUGACCUUCAGGAGUCUCCGGAGGGAGGACCAGGGGACGUACAAGGUGCUGGACGAGCACGGCCUGGCCGUCAGCACCGUGCAGCUCUCUGUGGAAGAAAGGUCCAAAGCUCCCAGAGUCCAGGAGCUCCUGGGGACAGCGGAGCCGACAGACGGCGCUGCCAGAAGAAGCUGCUCGGCUGUCCUCGUCUUCUCCCUCCUGCUCACCAGUUUAUGAGUUAUUCAUCUGGGACGCUGAGUGUGUGUCUUCAUGCAUACAUGUAGAGCAGGUCCUCAGGUCCAGCUCCAGAUGUUCAGCAGCGUGUGUCGUUUUAAACGCUCCAAACGUCUAAAAGACCCUCCGUUAAAUGCAAAGCUAGCGUCAUCGUGUUAGCUUAGCACAAGGACUGGAAGCAGAGGGAAACUGCUAGCCUAGCUUAAUGUGAAAUUUAGCAAUGCGCCAAGUUCAUUAAAUCCAUCCAAUGAGUCCAUUUAAAGUCUAUGUGCAUGUAAAACCACGAGGUAACAUGUUAUGAUGGUGUGUGUGUGUAUGUGUGUGUGUACACGCACACUUUAUGUUAAUAUUCAAUGAUCAUUGAGGUGCAGAUUUACACUUUACCUUCCUGAUUCAGAUCAACAGUUUCUAUAUAAAUUAUUUCCUGUUUAGUGGUUAUUUUUUGUCCUCUGGGUGUGGAUUGUUGAGGUAAUAAAAUAAUGUUCAUUGAAUUAAAAGACUCAUGUUACUAUUAUU